AAAAUAGCUCAGUUUAUUCUCAAUUCCCCGAGAAAAUCAUCAAUAUUUCAUGCAAUGUCGACAAAACACAAGUUAAUUUGUCCGUUACCCACACAAGAAUCAUGUGAGAGUGUAAAUUGUGAUAAUAUACUAUGGGAUUUAGGCAAAGCAACAAAACGCGGUACAAAAAAGUGUCCAGAUUGUGGCUACAUAAAUGGUAUACGCUGCUAUGCGUGUAAAAACCCGCUGUGCAAUCGUGUUCUUAAAAUCGCCGACAAACACAAACCAGGCGUGCAUAUCGACGCGAUAAAACUCGUCAGUGGUGCAACACGACAAAUCUAUUCAGUACGCGUGCGUGAAAAGGGUGGGCCAAUAAAUGGGUUGUAUCCAGAUCAUCCCGAUCAACGCGGUUUCGUCCAAUUGCCAUGCGCGAUCUACGAAAGCGACAAACUCUCCGAAGUCGCGCUUUGUUUCGUUGAUAACUGCGAGAGAUCUUAUUCGAUUCUCAAAUGUCAUGAGAAUGACGAAGACGACGAGGAUACCAACACGAAUAAAACAAAUAAAACACUAAACGUGUUGAAUUUCUGCGCGCAUAUCGAAGCAGCAGUGAAGAGUUUAUCAGUUGCGCAUGCGUUCGACUUCAAACACGAUCUGAUCAACAAUCUGAAGGUUUGUGAUGACAUGAAGAAGAAACUGUGUUCAUUGGCGAAGUCUACAGAGGGGCCACUUGUGCAGCGUAUUGCUCGUAAUGUUUUGGCUAUAAAAUGUUUUGUGAACUCUGGUAAUCCGCUGGGUUAUUUACAUUUCAUGCUUGAGUUUAAAAAGAGUGUGAGUAAUGCCAGUGAAGAAGAAUUGGAGCGGUUUCAUUGUGAGUGUUCUGCGCAAGGGAAAUGUUUACAUUAUUACGCAUGCGUGUGUGCAUUCGCUAGUGAUGUUAAACUUCUACAUAAAUAUUCACAGUUUAUUCAACGUGAAUUUGAUUCCUGUAUUGCGUACGAUAUAACCACGUUACUCGAAGAAGGUAAAGAUGCAACAUAUCCGCUUGAAAACAUACGAAUUGAAAUUCUACGGCCUGAUUUAUUAGGAUUACCACUAAAAAGAGCAAAAAUACACAAAACUAAGAAAAAAGUGAAACAAAUCAAAGUGAUUUCUGAUAAUAUCAUCAAAACUAGUGAAAAUAACGACAAAUCAACAAUAAAACCAAUGAAAGGUUAGAAUAUGAAGAAUGGUUGUGCUAUGUCAUCGAAAGAAUCAACUCCAGUAAAACCUACAAGCAACAGAAACAUAUUUCAACGAGAAUAUUCUGGAUGAACUUAUUGUGGACGUGCAAGAAAUCAAGUUAGAGUUUCACAUUCACGAGAAAUUUUUCCACAACUUGCAACAUCAUCUUCGCGACUACUUCCAACCGAAUGAAUUCUGUGUCAAUA